UCGCGAGUGCGGGGCGAAUGUAGUUCAACAGCUGAUUGUUCAAAACAAAUCAUCGAGCUGUGUGUAUGUGCAGGAUUCGCGAGAAGUUUGUUUGUUAUAUGCAUAGUGUUGUAUUUUUUGAGAAAGGAGUUAAGCAACGCUACACUUGGUUCCUAAUUUCCAUUUCAUUUCCGCCUGACAGGUUGAUCUUCAGUGUCUGGGGCUGAGUGGGUUGGAGCCGCGGUGGAACCACAGCAUCGUCACGGUUUAUGGGGAGAUUUGCAUGGUGAACAAGGAGCCCCUCCUUGUAGCCAAGAUCGUCCAGGAGAGCAACAACUUGUCGGUGCAGAACUACUACAAGGCUCUGGAUGCGCUGCGGGAACUCUUCCCUAGACUUAGCCUGUGAUGUCUCUUGACUCUAUUAUAUGCUGAUACUCGUGCUUCUAUGCUAUCUUCAUUUCAGAAUUGGAUAUUUUUGUAGAAACUUCGUUUGCGGUUACAAAUAAUUUGUAUUUGGUGUAGCAUUGCAUAUAAGCAGUCUUAUUAACGUUUAUUAUUUUUUAUACUUCAGUUCAUUUCUCAUGAACGGGAUUGAGGUCAAGGUUCACAUUUUGAUUGAAUAAACGGAAUGUUCUGAGAUCACUUUUUUUUGUUGGUUGUUACAGAAAUCAUUUACCCUGGCUCAUCAUCAGUUUGUGUCACCUUUCUUCUUUGCUUUGUCCUGUUCUGCUCUUGCUCAUCUUAGUUUGGGCGCCCCUGAUGCAGCUACCCCUGCCUUCGUGCCUCUUGCCCUUCUCACUUCUGCCUUUGAUGCUCAUUGCCGCGCCAGUGCUACAGUUCUGUUGCUCGGGCCGAUUCUUCCUCUGCCUCAGCAAGUUCAUCGCGCACAAACUUUCUCGUAGACGCCCACGGUCACACGGCUGACAUUGCCAUGGCUGGUCUCGACAGCGUCGUCGUGUCGUCCCCCAGCAGGCACUGCUGAAUACACGAGUCUGUUCCCAAAUCCACGAGUCUGUCCCCAAAUACACGAGUCUGUCCCCAAAUACACGAGUCUGUCCCCAACUCCUGGCAUUGUUUGUCUCCGAGUAAUAUAAUGAAAGGAAGGCGAAUGCCAUAACAAAAUCCGUGAGCAAAGUUCACGAUAGAAAUUAGAGCUUGAAACAACUGGCACAGCCAAUAGAAACUAAGUGAAGCUGUCUUUCUUCGAGUAUCUCUGUAAGUUGUUCGCUGUCAUAAUUUUCUUUUGUGAAGCAUACUUUAUUUUGUGAUUAUUCCUUGAUUUCAUAGAAUUUACUUGUAAAUUUGUGUUAUUUGUACCAAUUCAAUUUACAACCGACUUGUAAAAACCGUGUAUCUUCUCAUCGUGGUUGUGGAUAAUUUCACCUUCAUUGAAGGUUCAUUUUUACAGUUGAAUUGUAUCGGAUUGUAUUGUCUUGUAUCGGAUGGUUGUUACUGAAGUUUGCUCUCAGUUCGAAGUCGUCUCAGGAAGUUUAUUUUGCCAUUGCUACUUGUACCUUAUAAAUUCUUCGAAGGCACCAAGCUGUCUACCUCAUUACUGCUAAUAGACACCUGUCUCUCACGGCCGAACGUCUUGUCGCAUUUGAUGAACUGGUAGACAAUCUACGACCAAACCAAAGCUAAGCGUCUCCGCGCCCUCUUGUCUUGUUGACUUGAUGCAACAAUUUUGAUGCUGACAAUUUACUCGUUGCUCUUGUACACCCAUGGUUGAUGUGUUCUGUAGCUUAGUAGAGGGUCUCGAGUGUGUGCAUUUCUACAUCCUAUAUAGAAUGUAUAUUUAUUCACAUCGUGAAAUGUAGACAGGGUAUUGAAAGUUCAUUCUGGUAUCAUUGAAACAUUCUGUAUAGCUCGUGCGGUUUCCGUUGAAACUUUUGCUUAUGCGCAAAAAUUUUUAUGUACAAUUUAUUGUGAUACAAAUUUAGAGUGAAUGAUUGUUAUGAAAAUGCAAUUUUAAAUGUUUAAUAAUAGUUUUAUGAAGGCACUUGCAAGAAUGUCUAGCUUUGAGGCUCAUUUGCUUGCCUAGCAAGCUCUUCUGUAUAUAUCAAUGUUCUAUCUUGUGUGUAUUUUGGUCUUGAGGAUGUCAUGCAUGAACAUUAUUAGUUGGUAAGAAAUUCAAAACAAGACUCGAGGAAGUUUACUUCGGUUUCGGUCUAGAUUCUGCGUUAAAUGUUGCCAUAGCAUCUAAUGAAGUUAACAGUGAUCUCUUGAUACGAGUGUCUGGAAUUGGAUAUUGUUCAUAUUUCACGUGCCUUGACUUGUGGAAUCUGAAAGGAGUUCCUCUUUUAUGCAUCCUGGUAUGGAAUUUCCAUAUCGAGUUGAGUCGAUGCCAGACAGCCCCGAGACAGAGCAGCCCGUGUCUGCCUCAGACAUCGUUCCUGGUGCCAGCGAUACAGAAACUUGCGUCACGACCCAUACCUCCCCGAUGUCACCGUCUGCAAUGGCGGCCGAUGAGAUUUGCGAUGCUUCUCCUGAGAAAGAUGACCUAAACCAGCUCGAUAGCAUCAAUACUGAAGAUCAAGAGCAAAGUCCUGACGUUUGUCAAACUGUGGAUUUGCCUAUAGUCACUGAUGAGAGCCUUGCUGAAGAGUCGUCGACGACCGACGAUCAAUCUUCUUCUCUGAUGCCUGUGCUUGAAGAACUCGCCUCCCUGGAUGAAGCGACUUCUCUUACGCCUGUUAAUAUUAACGAUGCGGGCGCAGAAGCUGAAAUUGAACAAGUUCCGGAUUUUGAUCCCGCAGAUUCUUCACCAAUUGAUUGUGAAAAUGAUGGUUCGGGUGAAAUUUCUAGCCUACUGGAAGAUUUUUGUUCUUUAAAGCUUCCAGCAGAAAGCGACAGCGAAAGUGGCAGAGCGGAAAAUUUUUGUAGUGGAAGCGAUGGAGUUCCAUUGAAUGAAUCAAUAGACUACCUAUCGUUGACGGCCUCAGAACAAGAGGAAAAUGUUUUAUGUUCGGACGGUUCUUGCUUGCUUUUACCGACCCCUCAGAUCACCGACCAUGACACGGUGUCUCCUGGAUCUCCUGGUCCUCCAGUAGAAAAUUCAAACGAAGCGGCACCGCUGGCUCCUGCUGAAUGGUGCGAGCAUUGUGGAGCGCUAGCACCUACGGCUUCUCCUUCCAAUUGCGUCAGUGCUGAAAGUUUAUGUGAGGUUGCCCCUGUAACUAUCGAACAUUUACCACAUUGUCAACAUUACAAUCUUGCAUGUGACAGACAGAGCGUUGAAGGCAGCCUUCAUCACGAGUUUUCACGCAGUACGUCCGAUCAAAGUCUCGUUUGUGAGGACAUCGAUGCUUCUACUGCUCAAAAAAGUCUGGAUUUUGAGGACGACAGCAACAAGCUAGGAAUUUUCGUCGCCUACGACUAUUCUGGCAAGACUUCAGCUUUAUGUGAUGAUGGCACGGCGGAAGAUGCCGGCCAAAAACAAUUACCAGGUACCGAUGAAUCAGAUGGUGAUAGCUCGGCAGCUGAUGUGUCUGAGGAUACUGAAGAGGAACAGUCUAAUGGCAGUGAAGUAGAAGUGUUCAGUAUUGAAGAUCUUGAUGGUCCAAUUAAUGAAGACUCGACAAACUUACCAAUUACUGAAAUUGUAGAGAAUUCUCUUCUCCUAUCAGGUAUCUCUCCCGACCAUACGAAUGCUGACUCAGAAAGCUCAUUGGAGAAUCCGGCUGAGCCAGGGCAUUGUACAAGUCCGACCGACGACACGAGGCCUGAUAAUGCUAGUGUUUUAGAGGCUCUAACCGAUAAUUUGAUUUUAGUUCCGCAGCCUGGCGUGGAAGCAGCAGAGAACUUUGGCGCAGAAGAACAGCAACAAAGUGGAAGAACUGACGUGUCUAGCGACUGCGAAGCUGGCGACGAGAAUGUUCCCAAAAAGGAUAUUUUCUCACAAGCAAUAUCUGCACUUGAAAACUUGACUUCAAAACUAACAAACAUCGACUUAAGCCCAGAAACAUGCGUUUCCCAAAGCUCAAUGGAAAUUGAAGGUAUUUCACAGGGAAAUAAGGCUCUCUUAGCUGACAAAUUCUUCAGUGAAAAUUUGAAUUUUUCUUCACCUGUCACUUGCCACGACCAGCCCACCAGCAUCAGUAACGGCUCCAGCGUCAAUUCUGUGCAGUGUACUAUGAAAGUUUCCGACUCUACUGGACCUUCUCCGGAGCCUAGCGAUUUAUUGGAUAUUAGUUGCGGCAUUUCAGUCUUCUUUGAGAAAUGCAAGAACAGACGUGAGCCUUCCUCAGCCGCCUGCUCUGAUUCCGCCGCCGACCAAACUCCCCUUACAAUUGUUUCAACAAUUGAGAAAAUUUCCUCCGAGUUAGAAAAAAGUUCCAUUGCUGACUGUUCAUAUGUACCUGAUGUGACUGCCGCCUGCAGUCCCGAUCUAGUCAGUGAAGGAACUCCUUCCAAUAACACAGCUCUAUUAUCUCCUGAACGCAACUAUGGAAUUCUGAGUUCGCCGAGAAAUUUCUCCAUUCUCGAGGAAACAGAAGAUGAUGUAGGUACCUCCAAGAACGAAGACCUCGAGAAACCUCUUUUCAAACUACCAAGCGAAAAAGUUCCCAAUUUUAAGGAUCCUUCUCACGAGUUGGUGGUCACAUCUGCUCCGUGUUCGCCCGUACCACUGUCGCACCGCACCUCGAGUAUGGCCAACAUCGCCCAACGCAAGCGCAAGCUAAACUCGUGCGUGAGACGACGAGUCAGCUUCCCUGAGAACGACUUGCAACUCAUUACUAGCUACCUCGAACCUGUCGAUCCAUGGGAACGCAUGAAAAAGAGCGUUGAAAGUGAAGAAAUUCUGGAAGCUUAUUUAAGUUCUUGUCGUAGCCACAACUGCCAGCCAAUACCCAGUGUUGUGAACCAAAUCGCUGCGUUGCCGCUCAAUGUACCUGGAAGAGUAGAGUGUUUCUCUCUGCGUAAUUGCAAAUUGGAACUAAGUCAGUGUGAGUGCCUCGAGGAAAUUUUCAAGAGAGUUCAAUUCGUUUGUAUUGAUUUAGAAAACUGUUCUCUUACCGACGACACUGUCAUUCCGUUGGUCGAUAUGAUUGAAUUCUAUGACUCGACCACUCAACUCAAUAUAUCUGGCAGUUCUCAAAUUGGCAUGCGUGGCUGGCAAGCGUGCUCUAGGAUGCUCAAGAAAAACCACUCUGUACGAUCUCUGAAUGCUCGAGGAACUAAUUUAAACGAAGCAAACAUGCCAAUUCUGGGCAAGGCUUUGAAACUUGGUUCUAGACUGCACACUCUGCACCUGGAGAACUGCAACUUGACUGGCCGACCUCUGGUAACGUUAACUGCUGCUCUCAAGUUGAACGACACGCUUGUUAAACUUUAUUUGGCAGACAAUAGGUUGGGUUCCAGUGAUUGUAUCCAGAUUGGCAAUUUAAUGAAAACAAAUUUGACUAUCAAACUCUUAGACUUGAGAAAUAAUAACCUACAAGACACUGGCUGUGCUCACGUCUGUGAAGGAAUAGCUGAACAGAGCAAAACAAUUGCAGCUGCCGCUACAUCUGCAGACCUGAACAGUAUUAAGGAUAAGAACAAAUUAGGCUUGAACUCUCUGGUUCUGUGGAACAAUCACAUGACCGUGAGCUCGGCUAAGUUUUUAGCAGCUAUGAUGUUGUCUUCGCCGUCCAUGGAAACUCUGAACAUUGGCCGCAACAGCGUCUCAAACGAUGGCGCCAUUCGCCUGAAGGAUGCUCUGCUCCGCAACAAAAGCCUGAAGCGACUUUAUCUUCAUGCCACUAAAAUAGGAGACGAAGGAGCAGUGGCCCUAGCUGAGCUCAUUGCCGAGAGCAAGAAUAUAGAGAGAGUCGAUUUGAGGGAGAAUUCAAUAAAAGUGGCCGGACUGAUGGCUCUUGCGCAUUCGUUACGUCAUAACACGUCGAUCAUUCAAAUGGACCUCAACUCAAACCCUCGCUCUGAGCCCCUCGAUGAAUUGGCAGAAAAACACAUGAGCCUACUCCUAGAAAUCAAAGAAUAUACGCAAAGGAAUAGGACUGAAGCUCAAGCUCUCAAGCCGCCUUUGGAAGGCAAAAAAACCGACUCAGAAGAUUAUUAUCAUGAUCCUGACUUCCGAAAAUUAUCUCUUAGCUCGGAAAUUGAGGGAUCUCAAACCCUAGAAAUACCGGUUGCCAUUCCAUCGCCUAGUUGUGUCCAAGCAGUAGACGUAGCAUCGGGUGCAGGACUUGCCACCGACGAACACAAGAAAUAUCGCAGUCCGUCCCCCAGUCCUUGUGCCUCUCCUGUACCUAGUCCUUCGUUGUCUCCUGUUCCUUCAAGUCCUUACAAAAACCGUUUCAAAGUUUCCAAGGUUACUCCGGUCGUGUCUCCUGCUGGUAGUGUUACAAACAGUCCAAUUUUAAACGAAAAUGCCUGUGCACCUUUACCGCCAUUCAGUGGCUCCUUGAUUUCCUCGGUUGCGGUUGCCUCGUCGUCUGCUCCAACAUGCACGAUUUCUACGACGUCUCGGCCAGUUUUCCAUCACCCUCAACCUGCCACCAGGAACAGGUUCCUCUCCGGCGGACGUUUCACCGUCACUAGGGUUUGUGAUAAGUCCAUCGCUGCAUCUCCGAUCUCAAAGUGCAAAUCCUUGAGUUUGUCCCAAAUUCCUCAAUUAGAAUCCACAGAAAACAAAGAACCCUCAAGUCCGAAGAUUGUAAUUUCAUCCCCUGCUAAAAUCGAAAGAGGGUUCAGUCUUGAGGAAUCUAACACGGAAGAAAAACAGACCAACACACCAGUUGUAUCUCUAAAGAGUGAAAGUCAGGAUGAAUGGGAUUUUUCAGAGCCAUGCGUGAAAACUCGGUCUGAUAGUUCCGAAAGUGAUGAGGUUUUUGCUGAGUCGGUUUCUGAGAGUGAGGCUUCUACCGUAGUAUUGAGAGCGCCAGCAAGAGCUGAAGCUGAUGCCUUGUCGCCCGGGGCAAGACCCCAAAAAGAUUUGACAGACAGCGGCUUUUUAGAGGAAAGUGGAGUUAAUACAGGAGAGCUUAAUAUUAAUUUACCUGCGAGAACCUCUCAGGACGGCGAUCGCGAUAGUUUGUUCAGCAAUACUUCAGAUCCUGAAGGUCACAGCCCUCUUUCGGCUGUGCCUCCAUGUGGUGAAGUUAAGCUGCUAUCUCCUACUAAUUCCGUGCACCCAGACUCGACUUCUAGCUCUUCUGCUGACCAAGUAUCGAGCCAAGCUGCUAGUGAAGCCGCAAUGAGUAUCCCAGCCAGCCUUGGUCUACUUUUCAAAUUGACAGGACUUAGUGAUGAAUGUUCUCAAAUGAAUAAUUCGUCAAGAGGAAAAAACUCGUCCGUUCAGAACGCCUCGCCUUCUGUUUGCGAAGUUACGAGGCAAACAAAACGAGCUCCUCUUGCGACCAUCGAAAAUGGAAGUUUGGACACCGACAGCGAAGACAGUGAACUAACCACGCAGUCUUCGGACUCGACUCACAGCGACGAAGUCCGCAUAACUUUGAUGGAGGCAGCGGCGGAACCUCUGAAGGCCUGGGGUGGAGACGUCGAAGAGCAACCAACCUCUGAGUCUACACAGGAAACGGCACAAUAUUCGGACGAUCAAGCAGAUGGCAUCGAAAGAAAGUCGAGUGAUUGCGACAGUGAGCAGUCAACGUUGACGGCAGCUCCUGAUGAGUCGUCACUGGAGGGUUUGUCGUGAACGUGGGUUGGUGAGAGCCGAAGCACAAGCGGUGGGCUUCCUACUGAAUCUGUUCUAUACAUUCGGGUAGCUGCUUUUCUAGGCUUGAAGUGUGCUAUUUAUCCGUGCUUUUGGUGCACACUUGCCUGGAACCUGGAUAUUUUGAUAUUUUCGCACGUGAUUAUUAAACUGAGGAAUGAAGUGUUGCAGCUCUACAGCGCUGGGCACAUGAUCUCGCUACGUACGAUGUCUGGUUCAGCGCUGAAACGGAGAAAUGGUUUUAUAGAUAAUCUUCUUAGUCCUAAGCAAAAAUUCCUUCCCUUACCGUAAAUGCUUGUCAAUUGAUAUUUGUUCGUUGCAACUAGUGACGUAAACAUCAAUGCGCUUCAAUCAGAAUAUUAAACUUCUUUUUAAAACUAAGGAGACGGUGAAGAAAAAUUUUUCUUUUUAAUGUAACGGUUGUCCUGGUUGUGACAUUCGCUAUUAGCGUACCGCGCCAAAUAAUAUACCUUAGCGUUGUGAUGAAUGCUCUAGAGCUGAAGACACACAAACAGCGACGUGGAACGCUGCUGUCGUCCCUUCAGUUGCUAUUGAGUUCACGACCUCACGACCAUUUCUUCUGGCAUUUACCAGUGACAAAAUCACUGGCAUAUAACUAAUUUUUUUUUCAAUGGGAGGAAUCACUCUCAUGAUAAUUGAAAAGACAGCUUCUGAACCAUAUUUUUAGUAUAUGCUAGAGAAUAUUUAUUUGGAAGAUAUGCUUUCGGAAGAGCCUCUCAACAAAAUAUCUAUAAGAUGGGGCUUUCCAGGCUACCUUGAUCGGUUUUUACGCUAGGUGGAAAUACAAUAACGAUGUUCUAUAUCUUUGGUGAUGUUUCUUAUACCUUUUAUUCACGCUGGUAUUUUUGUAGCCCGUGCAUCAAAAUAAAACAUUGCUGAAGUUGAUGUCCGUUUGAGCCACACUGCUCUUUUAUUGAUGGUCAACGGGACUAUGAGGUUGACAAGGUCUGUUCCUCUGUAUCCGUUAUAAACGUUUGAAACUUCUUAUGUGAAACUAUAGCUAAUUUCCAGUUACUAAGUAUACUUUGACUUGUUUGCGGCUAACCUGUACAGUGUACAGGUUUACUGCGUCAGCAGCCAGUCACACUCUGUAUCAUGUCGCUUUGUCUGAAUACUUGGUUACAAAUUUACUUACGUGGCUCAUCUUGCACUCGUUUUAGUGUGAAUUUUAAUGAUGGGCAACUUUUUUAAAGUUUUCGUGUUGUAAUUUGUGAGAUGGAACGUUUAUAUUCGGUUAUUUGUUUAUAUUCACUUCUGUCAUGAGCAUCAGAGUCGCUGCCGCCCCCGAUUGAUCGAAGCUCAUAUUCUUUAGUAGGUCAGAACUCGCGUCUAACGCGGUCGUUUUAUUAAACAUUUGCAUUGUACAUGAAUUCGGUCUUCUAUAUGUCUCUGUCUCGUCAUUCUUAAGUAUUUCUUCGAGAUUUGCUCUCGGUAGUAUUUUUGUAUUAUCACUAGUAUUUUGUAUUAUAGUUCACGCGAUUAGUUGUGAUGUCCAAAAAGGCUUAUUUAUUUGUGUGUUAUCUUUAUGGCUCGCCUCAACCAACUAUUGGCUUGACGGGAGACCUCUUCUGAUUAGUUCUAGGGUGCGAUGUGAUCGUGAACUUAGAUAUAACUCGCUUUAUCCUCACCUUCUCUUGUUAAGAGCGUAUCAAAUAAUAUUUAUUUUCAGCUGUGUACAAUUAUUUGGAGGUGGACAGCGUAUAAUGUCGUUUGCAUUUGAGCUGGACGCGUGCCGAUGAUAACAUGCGAGUAUACUUAUAUGAAACAAAUUCUAUAUUGAUGCGUUCCAUAGGAGCUUUAGCUAGUAGACCUUGAACGAUGUUUCCGCAUGUUCAUUUGCGUAGCUGUAUACCCUUUAGACCUGUGCUGUUGUGUUCAGAUGUACAUUUAACAAGUAGCUAAAUGAAGCAUCCAGUGAGAAGCGUGCUGUGCCCUACCGCGCGCUAACUCGUUUGUUUGGGGCUAGCGUCGCUUCAGUAAAUACACUUGCCGUUUUA